ACCAACCUAUAAUCAGCCCCUGAACCAUGAAAUUCAUAACUGGGCUCGGCCCAUAAAAUAAUCUAUUUUUUUUAUAAGCCCAACAUCUCAACCCAGAGCAAGUCGGCCGUAGUCUUCUCCGACGACCAGCAGUAGCUCGACGGACGGCGGAAAGCAGAACGGGCGGUGGUGACUCCAUUUGCGGUAGAAAAUCACAAAUGUAACUGUUGUCUAGCUUCAAGUCAGUUAAUGUUGUCUUACUUUGCACGGGAUCUGCACUCUGCAGGACACCUUCAUCGCUUGUAAUCUGUUCCAAGCAAGAUUUGAAAGAGCAUCAGCUGCCUUUUUUUUUCCGUUGCUCAAUCAAGGAAGUGUUAUAUCUACUACUAAUCUUGGUCCUUCAUUCACUUGAAAUGUCUUUGCGUAGACCACCACUUCCCCGACUUCUGCUGAACAAUGUCUCGUGUAUGAGAAAUGCUCAACAAAUUUUGCGCCAUGUAAAUGUUUCCCUCCAUGAUGGUGGUGCACUUGUACUAACAGGCACCAAUGGUUCUGGUAAAUCCACAUUCUUGCGCAUGUUGGCUGGUUUCUCAAAACCAUCAGCUGGUGAGAUACUUUGGAAUGGUCAUGACAUAACUGAUUCAGGAGUUUUUCAACAGUACAAACUUCAACUCAAUUGGCUGUCUCUAAAGGACGCCAUCAAAGAGAAGUUCACGGUCCUUGACAAUGUUCAAUGGUUUGAAGUUCUUGAAGGCAAGCAAGGAAGGUCUCUGCCAGCUUUGGAGCUUAUGGGGCUUGGAAGAUUAGUAAAUGAUAAAGCACGGAUGCUUUCUAUGGGUCAAAGGAAAAGGGUACAACUCGCCAGAUUGUUAGCAAUUGAUCGGCCUAUUUGGUUGCUCGAUGAACCUUCAGUAGCACUGGACGACGAUGGUGUGAAGUUGCUCGAGUAUAUCAUUGCAGAGCACAGGAAAAAAGGUGGCAUCGUCAUUGUCGCCACCCAUCUGCCUAUUCAGAUUGAGGAUGCAAUGUUUUUAAGGUUGCCACCAAGGUUCCCCAGAAGGAUGACUUUAGUAGACAUGCUCGAUAGAGGCGGCCUCGACUGAUCUUUAAGAAGAUAAGAGUCCUAUAUAAAGAAAGGUUUCCAAUGAAUCAAAAGGGAGCACAUAAUGUUAAAGAACCAGCAAAAGUGUGAUGUGCCAAGUUUUCUUGUAGUGGAAUCAAAGUUUCCACUUUUCUUUCAUUCUUGAUGAUUGCAAGAAUUUCUCUAUCUUUACUUUGUUAGUUCCUCCUCA